AUGUCCUCCCAAUCCUACCACCUCCCGACGCAGGGUUCAGGCUUCGCGACCGGCGCAGCGGCCGGCGAGGGCGCGUCCGGCCCACUCGUCUCGUACGUCUGCGGCGACUGCGCUUCCAAGGUGCAGUUGUCCAAGGGGGAUAUCAUCCGGUGUCAUAUGUGCGGGCAUCGGGUUCUUUAUAAGGAGCGGACGAAGAGGUAA